AUGUCGACAUGUCCGCUAAUACGCCUUCUCGCCCUUCAGAUUCAAUGUUCCGUCGGAGACGAAAAGUCUGCCUGCGACUGGUGCAGCGAACAUAACCUAGCGUGUACAUACACACGAGAAACACAAGUCAAGAAAAAGAGGAACAGAGCUAAACUGAGAGAUGUGCAGGAGUUGUUGAAGAGGGUCGAGCAACUCGAGAGUACCGUGGCCAAUAGUCGCUCUGAUAGUCAAGCCUCAGUGCAAUGUGACCAGAACGCAUCUUUCGAUAUUGUUGCAACACCCGUACCCCUAAUUCAGUCUGGAUUCUCAGGUAGUUCUCGUGGCCUGUCAGACGAAUUGACUGCUGUGCAGAGAUCUACUCCUUCGUUUCCAAGUACUCCAAUCAAUUCACCACUCGUUCCGGCACACAAUAGUACCGUCGAGUGCUCCUUGGGACAAAAUUGGUACUGCAUGGGCUUGCCUCUACUAUCCGACCGAGGCGAGCAAUGGAUCCAAUCAAAGACGGGCCAAGACUUUACCUUUAGCAUGCUGCGUUUGUUCAAAUGCUAUCCGAGUAUCCUUGAAUCAUCCCUCCCAUCACGCGUACCCAACGAGGAGCUAUGGAGAUUACCUGCCGAAAAGACAGUCCAGGAAAUGGCCGCCGCCUUUUUCAAGUCGUCUCUCCACUCUGCCUUUCCCAUUCUUGAUGAGAAUUCAUUCCAGAUGGUCUUAGGAAGGGCUUACGAGCAAACGCAGAACGCAUCGUCUCGCUCCGGAUCAUUCCCACCGUCGGAAAGCGCGGCCAGAGUCUUCGUCAUGGCAGCCCUUGCAUUGAUGGGCUGUGGUGAUGAAAUGGUCCGGCGCAUGUACGCAGCUAAAGUGCAGUCACUCCUGGGAUACGUUACUGAGCAGCCAAGUCUUAUUGGCCUUCAGACCGUGCUCAUGCUUCAACGCUUUUACUGGUCAAAUGAGCGAAACAGCAGCGUCAAUGUCUUGCACUCCAUUGCCUGCCGCAUGGUCUGCGCCCUUGGUGGACAUGUAUGUUUGCCGUGCCCAUCUGGCAGCUCUUUGGCAUGGGACCAUGAUGGGCCUCUGUUGCGAAGGCUAUUCUGGUUGUGCUAUAUGUCGGACAAGGAUGUAUCCCUUCGCUCAGGACAACCUCCUCUUCUAACAGAGGAACAUUGUGACUUGACGCCACCUGCCUGUUUUUCUGCACAAAGUCAAGGAUCCUAUGGGAACGAAACUCAAAUUGCUCUCCUCUCGUUUUCUCCGCAUCGCUUGAAUCUUUGCUUCUUGAAAGAGAGGGUCUACCGAGAGCUAUUUUCGUACCGUGCGUCCAAAUUGGCCGAUGCAGCUGUGCUGCUUUGCAUCCGCCAGCUAGACGACGCGAUCGAAGUUUGGAGGUCAUCUAUAACGAUGGAGUUGCGGCCGAAACUCUCCAUCACCACUCGUGUAGCUGCACCAACUAUGCUGCCAGGCAGCGCAGAGGAUACGCUACGAGUCUACUUGCAGCUGGAAUAUCACUACAUGAUGACAGUCGUCCACACCACGGUUCGAAGGUGCGGUGCCGACAGCAUAGUUUCCGGGAACAUUCCCGACGAUCUUCACAGCGCCAUACACUCCAGUUGUGACAUCUCCUUGGAGGCUAGCCGCUCGACGUUGGACUACAUUGCGAAUUCAGCUGCUGUCUUAGCAAAGGAAAACGCCACUCAUAUAGGCUUCUACACAUCUGUUGCAGCUCUGUCACUAUUUUCCGACAUGCUCAGCCAUCCCCGCAGUCCUCGAUCAAGUGUAUGGAUAGAGCAUCUUGACACGGCCACCAGGCUACUUCGAAGUUUACUAGGUCCUUGUUUUUCAGAGAGGACCGAAGACCAAAUAAAUGAUGCUGUCGAUUUGUUGCAGGAACUGAAUCGUCUUGGUCGGUGUGCCGUUGCAAAGGCCAGGGAGGAUGUCCAAUGA